AUGGGGGGCCGGCAGCUGGGCAGCCUGACCGUGUUCAGCAGGGAGGAUUUCGAGGAUGAUUGGGUGCGAGUGGCCAGCGGGGGCUUUGGCCACGUCUACCAGGUGAAGCACAGGAGGUGGAGGACGGUCUAUGCGGUGAAGUGCUCGCCGUUCCUGCUGCAGGACUCCAGCACCGACAGGACCAGCAUGAACUCUCUAAUGGAGGAGGCGAGCAAGAUGGAGAAAAUCAAAUUCCAGCACAUUGUCACCAUCUAUGGGGUGUGCAACAGCCCUCUGGGGAUAGUGAUGGAAUACAUGGCCAGGGGCUCCCUGGAGAGAAUCCUUCCCACCCACAGGAUGUCCUGGCAGCUGAAAUUCCGGGUGAUCCACGAGAUGGGCUUGGCCAUGAACUUCCUGCACAGCAUGAGCCCUCCCCUGCUGCACCUGGAUCUGAAGCCAGGGAAUGUCCUCCUGGAUGGGAACAUGCACGUCAAGAUCUCGGACUUUGGGCUGUCCAGGUGGAUGGAGCAGUCCAGCAGGAUGCAGUACAUCGAGAGCUCAGCCCUGAGGGGCACCCUGAGCUACAUCCCCCCCGAAAUGUUCCUGCAGAACAGCAAACCCCCGGGCAUCAAGUACGAUGUGUACAGCUUCGGCAUCGUCAUCUGGGAGGUGCUCAUGCAGAAGAAACCUUACGCAGGGGCCAACAUGAUGGCCAUCAUCGUGAAGGUGGCGGCGGGGAAGCGGCCGGGGCUGGAGCUGGUCAGGGACGACUGGCCCGGCGAGUGCCACCAGAUGCUCGACCUGAUGAAGAGGUGCUGGGACCAGGACCCCAAGCAGAGGCCAAGCUUUGCAGAUAUCCCUGUGGAGACAGAUGUGCUGCUGGCUCUGAUCCAGAGCCUGGUGCAGGACCCGGAGAACGAGCGGCUGGUCAGGAAGAUGUCCCACAAACCGCCCAUCCCCAGGAGCCAGCAGAGUGACAAAGAGGAGUUCGCCUUCCCCCGAGACACCAGGAGUGGGGGGAAGGCCAAGCAGGAGGUUCCUGUCCCGGCUCCGUGCAGGGAGCCCGGGAGCCGCGAGGAGCCCGAGGAGCUGGGCAGGGAGUGGGAGAAUGGCCUGACCCUGCUGCACCUGAUGGUCCUGCAGGGCAACGUGGGCAAGGUGCGCUUCCUGCUGGGCCGCCGGGCCGGCGUCAACAGCGCGGCGGGCUGCGGCUGCACCCCGCUGCUGGUGGCCGUGCAGCGCCGCCUGCCCGACAUCUGCGCGCUCCUGCUGGAGCACGGCGCCCACGCCAACGCCGCCGACGAGGACGGCUGGACCCCGCUGCACUUCGCGGCCCAGCACGGCGACGACCGCACCGUCAGGCUGCUGCUGGACCACCAGGCCCGCGUCAACGCCCAGGAGCGCGACGGAUGGACCCCGCUGCACCUGGCGGCCCAGAACGACUUUGAGAACGUGGCGCGGGUGCUGCUGUCGCGCCAGGCCGACCCCAACAUGCAGGAGGUGGACGGGAAGACGGCUCUGCACGUGGCGGCGUGCUUCGGGCACGUGGGGCUGGUCAAGCUGCUGGCCAGCCAGGGGGCCGACCUGGAGAGGAAGCAGAAGAACCUCAGGACGCCGCUGCACGUGGCCGUGGAGAGGGGCAAGUUCAGGGUGGUGCAGUACCUGCUGAAGAACGGCAUCUCCGUCAACAGCUUGGACCAGAACCACUACAGCGCCCUGCACCUGGCCGUGGCCAGGGGCAAGUACCUGAUCUGCGAGAAACUCAUCAAAUACGGCGCCAACGUGGAGCUGAGGACGGACAAAGGCUGGACCCCGCUGCACCUGGCCUCCUUCAAGGGGCACCUGGAGAUCAUCCGGCUGCUGAAGGGCAGCCACGCCCGGCUGGACGCCAAGGGCAGCAUGGACUGGACCCCGCUGCACCUGGCCACGCGCUACGGCGACGAGCCGGUGGUCAGCGAGCUGCUGCGCUGCGGGGCCGACCCCAACACGGCCGAGAGGUCCCUCUGGGCCCCCCUGCACUUUGCAGUGCUCAGGGGCUCCUUCCUGAGCAUCAUCAACCUCCUGGAGAGCCAGGCCGACGUCAACGCCAGGAACAAGGUGGGCUGGACGCCGCUGCACCUGGCCGUGCUCAAGGGCAACAUGGCCAUCAUCAAAACCCUGCUGAAGGCCGGGGCUCUGCUGGAUGUGGAGGACAUCACGGGGUGCACGGCCCUGCAGCUGGCCGUGAGGCACCAGCGGGACAACAUCAUCACCCUGCUGCAGGGCCAGGAGUCCUCGGGGAGCAAACCUGGCAGCAGGACGCUGAACGAUGCCAAGGUUCCCAGGCUCGGCCCAGCAAGGACAGAUUUGUAAAUCCCAGCUCUGGGAUUUGCAGCUUAAGCUUUGCCACAGCAGGUGUAGUGGCUUAAAGCACCUUGUCCCCUGCUGAUUACAGGAAAAUACUUUUUAAAUGGAAGUUGUUAAGCAUGAGCAGCACUAAGAGAGUAAAAGAAAAUGGAGUUAUUUGAUGACAAGGUCUUUUCCACGCUUGUAGAAUGUUUUGGCUUGGUGCUUUCCUACUGAAUCCUUCCUGAGCAGGGAUUUAUGCAUCCCCUGCUCACGCAGGCUGUGCUGAAGCUGUGCACAGCACACACACGUCUUCCACAGCUUUUAUUGCUUUUAUUCCAUGUUUUCCUACAGAGAAAAUUGGUGUAAAAUGGCCCUGGCACAGGUGGGAAUUGAAUCGUGAGACUCUCACCUGCUGCUGGCACAGCAACGUGUCAGAUUUCCUGACAUCUCCUUUCUGUAACAAGAAUCAAAUAAAGCAAGGCAGGAAGGAAAAAUCACUGGUAGAGAGCAUUGAAAUGGAUGCAGCACAGGGAACAGAAAAUGCAGAAUAAUCACACACGAGAUCUGGCUGCAUGCAGGUCAAGGGGGGAAAUAAUUCCUGCUUUCCUUCAGGAAGAUGUCCAGGUUUGAUCAGUGCUGUGGAAGGCAUGGUGGUGGUGGGUUUGAUGCCCCAGCACAGUGAGCAGCGCUGGUGUGCAGCUCUGGCUGUGACUCCUGAGCUCCCCAAACGUCCCUGCUGGGAGGGGGAUUGUCAUGGCCUUGAGCUGGGAAGAGGCUGAAAUAGAAACAAAACAGCCCAACUCUGAGA